CACACACACACACACACACACACUAUUGUCAUGUAAAAAUAAUUCACAGGAUCUGUUAUGGUGUAGGUGGGGUUUACCAAAACAAGAUUAUCAGGAAUAUUCUGUACACACUCACCUGAGCUCACCUUCAGACCACAGAAAAGAGCUGGUGGCCAUGGUGGGUCAAUCUGGAGAUUACAACACACAUUGCAGGACAUUACCAGCGGUGAUUGGUUGUCAAAUCCCUGCAAGCUUUGAUGCAUGGAUGCAUAUGAAUGCAAUGCACCAUUAUUGAAUGGUAUUACUCCAUACAUUACGACUCUCCUGACUUCAAAGUUUAAAAACCUGGCUUAAUUAUCUGACGGGAAGAAAUACUCAUGGCAUUCAACUUCCUAAAAGGCCCAAUAGAAGCCCUUAAUCUGGCAAAAAGAGGAAGUCAUACUUACUACAAACUUGAGACAAAAAGAGAAUAUCUUCAUGAAAAGCAGUGGAAACGACAUGACGAAAAUUCGGCAUCACGUAACGCAAAAAUAAGACGAUCGAUAUUUGGAAAGGAACCAAGAAACAAAGUCAACAAAACUAUUUUGCUGGUGGGUGAAACAGGAUCAGGGAAGACCACUCUCAUCAACACCCUAGUCAAUUACAUGAUAGGAGUGAAGUUUGAAGAUAAAGUGUGGUACGAGAUCACAGAAGAGGAUAGUAGAAACCAGUCUAUAUCUCAAACGUCGGCUGUCAUAGUGUACGAGAUCUAUGCUGAAACAAAGCCCUCUUUGACCAUAAUUGAUACUCCAGGGUACGGAGACACGAAAGGUGUAGAUCAUGACAAGACCAUCGCUGGCAGUUUACGUGAACUGUUUGAGUUAUAUAAUGGAAUAGAUAGAAUUGAUGCAGUUGGUCUUGUGAUCAAAGCAUCACAGAAUCGAGUGACGGAUGUCCAGCGUUAUAUCUUCGAAUCAGUUCUCUCCUUAUUUGGCAAAGAUAUAGAAGAUAACAUAGUGCUCCUCAUUACACACUCGGAUGGACUGACCCCUACCGGUGCUCUUGAUGCCAUCAAAAAUGCAGAUACCAGAUGUGCCAAGGAUAGGGAUGGUGAACCAAUUCACUUCCUAUUCAACAACCGUCAGAAUCAGCCGCACAAGGAACAUCAAGCCAAAACCUUCAAAAGAAUUUGGAGCUCAGGAGAAGAGAGCACAGAGGAUCUUUUCAAGUUUUUACAACGAGUCAAAGGACAAAGCCUGAGGAUGACAGGAGAUGUUCUUAAACAGAGAAUACACCUAGAGGCAAUUCUAAGUGAGUUGUUUACAACCAUUAACUUGGUGGAUGAGGACGAAAAAGAAGUGGAGCGCAUUGAUAGCAUUGUGAAAGAAAACAAGGCAAAACUAGACAACAAUGAGAACUUCACGUAUAUUGCCAAGGAGACGAAGAUGAAGAAGGUUCCAAUAAAGGAUCACUUUCAAUUCUGCUAUGAAAAGGCAAUGUGCUGUGAUGUGUGUAAAAAGAACUGCCAUUUCCCUGGCUGUACAUGGGUGGCAAGGCUGAACUGGUGUUCUGUGAUGUCAGGUGGUAUAUGCACAGUUUGUGGAUGCUCGUAUAAAGUUCACACAAAAGAAACAAACAAACUCUACAUGCCAGUCACCGAAGAAGUUGAGAAAACAAAUGAAGAAUUAAAGAGAGAGACUCAAGAUUUUUACGGGAAACAUGUGGACAUGCAAGAGGACACUGAGAAGAGGCUAACUGAAAAUAGACAGCGAAUGUCUCAACUGUUGGAUGAAGUAUACAAAGGCAUCAUUGAGCUGGAUGGAAUAGCCCUGCAUCAGGAAUCUCUGAACAUCCAUGUUGAGUUUGACAUCCUGAUUGCAAAGCUGAGCGAAACCAGUCAAACUGAAAAGGUUCUGAAACUGAAAGAAAUAAAGGAUAGGGCUCCAGCUGACAAGUAUUCAAGUCAAGGAAAUCUUAGGGGAAAUUUCUGAAGCUUCUCAUGCUACUAUGCAGACAACUCAGAGAUCUCUGCAGGAAUCUCGGAUUGCCUCUCAGACAAAUCUACAUGGAUGAAGGCAGAUCACCUCCAGCUAAACCUCUCAAAAACCAAACCGCUGGUCCUCUCAGCUAAACCUACUAUACACCAUCACAUCAACAUCAAAAUUGACUCUGUCUGUUGCACCUACCAGGGCUUCAAGAAGUGUAGGAGUUAUGCUCGAUAGCCAACCAACUUUCUUUGAUCAUGUUGCCUUGGUUGCUGAGUCCUGCCGUUUUGCACUCUACAAUACAGAAAAUCAGGACUUGCCAGACUCAAUAUCCAACUCCUGGUGCAGGCCAGUCAUCUCACGACUUUACUACUGUAAAGUUUAAACCAACAAGUCUCCUGCACGGUGGAACCCCUUUAGAUGGUCCAGAAUAUGGUGGCAGUUAUCAUACUUUACCCCGAUUGUUUCCCUUGUUGGGAGUCGCUUUGGUUAAAAAGUGUCAGCCAAAUGUACUGUACUGUAAUGUAAUAUAAUAAUCAGAGCAUCAGAUAGUAAUCAAGGGAUCAUUUGUAAUAUUGUAAUUUAUUUUGUUGUGUGAGUGGACCUCACCUGUCUAUCAACAUAUCUUUUUGUGUCUUAUUAUCAGUGAUCUCUGAUCUGUGGCAAACAAUCUGCAUAUUUCUAUAUUUCUUUUUCAGUAUAAGUGUUUUGUUAUAAAUAAGUUAAAGGAAUAGUUCGGAAUUUUGGACAUAGGACCUCAUUUCCAACUUUACCGAGGUGAUAUAGGUCGGUGGAGACCGUUUUUAUCGCGUUUAACCCCUUCCUUCAGUUGCAGCGUUCCCAUUUGCUAACGCUGGUUCUGAGCUAACGCAUUUCAUAACGCAUUUUGAGGGACUAGUUUCUCAAUAUCAAUCCGCCACUGCCAUACAGAGAACAAAGUAGGCUAUUGCAAUGCGAUGCAAAGUUAGUUUUAUUUCUAACAUUGUUCUAUCAACACAGGCAAGUGCAUCGAUAGUCUGACGUUAAAAUUUAUUUGUUUCGGGUGUUCUGUGGAGUGUUUUCAGUGGCAGGCUGGAUGUUACCGUUGACUUGCGUUAUCUCGGCACCAGGUUAGCACGAGAUGAAUGCUGCAACUCAAGGAAGGGCAGAAAUUCACUGAAAAUGGUCUUCACCGACCUAUAUCACCCCGACUAAGUUGGAAAUGAGGUCCUAUGUCCAAAAUUCCGAACUGUUCCUUUAAAAAGUAAUAAGCUAAUUUGCCUCAAGCCUUAAUUAGUUACUGUCUCUUUAAAAUUCUCAGCUGGUAAUAGAAUAGAAUGUCGCGUGACCCCAGGUUUCGGAUGUAAAUAACACUACAAUGUAUCUAAUGGUUCAGUGAUUUAUGGUUGUACUGUAACAAGCCAAUUACAGCUACAUUGCCUACAUUUAUGCCUAGAGUAGCAUCAUUGGUAUGUAUCCAUUUGCUGUUUCUUACAUAAUCACUUAAUUGCUUAGAUUAUUAGUUUGAUGUAAGUAAUAUUUAGAAAUGUCUAAUCGCUAAUCGUAAACGUAAUCGCUAUAAUCUAAAUGUUUACAUGGUUGCUAGGUAACUUAUAAGUCCUCGGACAAGCUACUGAACGUAAUAUUGUUACAAUGUAUUUGUACAGCAUAUUAACUAUCAUAAAUAAGUUUAAUAGUCAUGAUUAAUAUUGUAUAACAUGGUAAAUAUUUGAUUUGUUAAAAUUACAUUCUGUUGGCUAUAUUGUAGGCCAGCUCUAUGUUAAAAGGUAGCAUAGAAUUUAUUAGUCUAUCUCUUUGUUUCAGUUUUACACUUUCCCUGUGUCAAUAAACCUGUGGACUUCAGAACCAGAUCGGUCUUCAGAGUACUUGAUGUUAGGAAAAGGUUUAGCUGGCUGUCAGCGUAUCAAGCAUAUACCAACCGGCACAAUAAGAAAGACAAACUCAUCAUCAAUAUUUCAUGUUGUAGUCAAGGAUGUAUGUCUGAUUUUGAGAUCAAUUGGAAUGAUUAUCCCAAUAAAAUGUGUUUACGCUUUA